UAGGGAUAUUUUACCAUUUAAUGAAUAUCAUUUUUGUGACUUUCUCCUUCUAAUACUAUUUUUGAGAUAUAAACUUCAAAAGGUGCUAUUAUUGACAAUUGCCAUAGAUGAAUGUCUUUUCCUUUUUUGGUUUAGCACAAGAUUCUUAUUGCGCUAUGUUUUAAAGGUGGGGCCCAUUACCAAUACGUGAUUUUCAGAGAAAUUAUAGUUGGGUUUUUUCCGGUUAUGUCGAUUUAAACAAAAUAAAAAAUUGUCGUCGCCUGAGAGAUUCGAACUCUCGCGGGGAAACCCCAUGUACUUAGCAGGCACACGCCUUAACCACUCGGCCAAAGCGACUUGUUGAAAAUGGAUUAGUCAAUGUAUAAUUUAGCUGUUAAAUUUUGUCAUCUCUUGUUUUUAGGUUAGUAAUCUAAUUUCUUACGAUAUUAAUUAAUAGUAGUAUAAACAUGUUGAUUAGAAAAACAAGAUAGGAAGUAAAGCUAGAGUAUGGAAAGACCAUUGGCUCUCUAACGAUCCUAUGCCAAUACCAAGAGGUCCUGACUCUAUCUCCCAUCGUCACUUGAUAGUAAAGGACUUAUUUAUUCGAGGAACAACUUGCUGGGAUAAAAAUAAGCUCAGGGAAUUAAUGCAUCUUGAGGACAUUGAAAGGAUAAAGCGAAUCAGACCAAGCUCAACUCGUUUUCAGGAUACAAUAUAUUGAGCCUAUAGUAGAUAUCAUGUUUUCACCGUGUACAGUUUCGAAAUCAACUAUUGGUAAAAUUAUGGCGACUCAACAUUCCACCAAAAGUAAAGAUAUUUUGGUGGAAAACCAUCCAUAAUGGAUUACCAGUUGUUGAAAACUUGAUAAAGAGAGGGUGCAAGAUACCAAAAAGAGGUCUGUUAUGGUGGAGAAGAUAUAGAAAACAUUAUGCAUAUGUUGUUCAAAUGCAGAGUAGCUAGGUCACUCUUCCAAGUAGAGCGUCUUCAGGUCAUUGAUCAAUCAAGUGAUUUUCUGCAUCUCAUAGAAAGAGUUGUCUUUAAAGAUGCAGGAGAUCCUACUAAUAAUCUUGUUUUCUUCCUCGGAUGGAGAAUUUGGAGAAUGAGAAACAAAGAAAAUAACAGGGAACUUAUUGUGCAGUUAUUAAAGCAGCUCUGAUGGAUCAAGAGCUUUGGAAGAAAGCAAAUGAUAAAAUGCUCUACUGUGCAGCAGAGCAGAUGCUUCAUGGAAAUCACCAGCUGGAAUAGGGUGGUCCUUAUAUAGCAAAGAAGGAACCUUCAAACUGCUACUAUAUCAACCUUUAUCAACCUUCUCUCUAUUCAAAAUAUAAAAAAAUUAGGGUCACAUAAUAAUAAUAGUAGCUGAAGAUUUGAUUUUGAUUGAUCAGCGAUUUUGUGGCUUUGGUAUCUCUAAUUGAGCUGUUUGCUUUCACUGUUUCUUAAAAAAAAUAAUGGAGUGGAGGUGGAGGUGGAGGGGAAUCCUCUGCUCUCUCUUCUUUAUCCUCUCCAUGGGAGAGUCCUCCAGUAGAAGAUUCCGGUUAAUGACUACUACCUUCACUUGGCCAAUCUUGAGUGCCAGUGUUUUCCUUCUUGUUGCCCUCCUCCUCCCUAUGUAUCUCAUCUUCCAACACCUUGCUUCUUAUAAUCAGCCCCAGGAACAGAAAUUUCUUAUUGGACUUAUUCUCAUGGUCCCUGUUUAUGCUCUCGAAUCGUUUUUGUCUUUGUUGAAUUCAGAAGCAGCUUUCAACUGCGAGGUGAUUCGUGAUUGUUAUGAAGCUUUUGCGCUCUACUGCUUUGAGAGAUAUUUGAUUGCUUGCCUUGAUGGAGAAGAACGUACGAUUGAAUUCAUGGAACAGCAAACAGUUAUCACCCAGAGCACCCCUCUUCUUGAAGGCACAUCUACUUACGGAGUUGUAGAGCAUCCUUUUCCUAUGAACUGCUUCUUAAAAAAUUGGAACCUUGGUCCUCAGUUUUAUCACGCUGUGAAAAUUGGCAUCGUUCAAUAUGUUAUGCUUUCACCUGAUGCUCUAUUGAUCUGUGCUCUUUUAGCAAUGAUCCUUGAAGCGUGUGGAGUUUAUGGAGAAGGAAAGUUCCAGUGGAAUUACGGAUAUCCAUAUCUGGCUGUAGUGCUUAACUUCAGCCAAACAUGGGCGUUGUAUUGCCUUGUACAGUUCUACGGCGUCAUCAAAGAUAAGCUAGCACCCAUCAAACCACUGGCCAAGUUCUUAACAUUCAAGUCUAUUGUAUUCCUCACCUGGUGGCAAGGUAUUAUCGUUGCCUUCCUCUUCUCCAUGGGACUUUUCAAAGGGUCCUUGGCUAAAGAACUAAAGACGAGAAUACAAGACUACAUCAUCUGUAUUGAGAUGGGUGUUGCUGCUGUGGUUCAUCUCUAUGUCUUUCCAGCUGCGCCUUACAAGCGUGGGGAAAGAUGUGUGCGUAACGUAGCAGUGAUGUCAGAUUACGCCUCUAUAGACACACCUCCCGAUCCAGAAGAGGUUAAAGACAGCGAAAGAACAACUAGGAUGCGGUACGGUAGGCAUGAUGAGGCGGAGAAACGCUUGAGUUUCCCACAGAGUGUGCGUGAUGUGGUGAUGGGAAGUAGUGAAAUCAUUGCGGAUGACAUGAGGUUCACUGUUUCACACGUGGUGGAGCCUGUUGAAAGAGGAAUAGCUAAAGUGAACAGAACAUUCCAUCAGAUAUCUGAAAACGUGAAAAGAUUUGAGCAGAAGAAGAAGAGAACAAAGGAUGAUUCUUAUGUGAUUCCAAUGAGUACAUGGACGAAAGAGUUCUCAGAGGUUCAUGAUAACCUUUAUGAAGGAGGGAGUGUGAGUGACAGCGGUUUAGGAAGCAGAAAGAGACAUCACCAGUCUAGAGUCUCUGGAUUGUGGAGUAGAAUGCGAAGUUAACAGCUACAGAGAGAGAAGUUGUAGAUUUUCAUGAGAUGAUGCUAAUCUUCUUGGUUUACACACAGAGGUAACAGCAGUGUUGCUACUAACUUGUUUUCUCAACUCUUUAUACAACUUUAUCAAAGAAGUUAACAUCUGUAUUUCAUAAUAUGACAAAUCCUUACACAAGAAUAAUAAUAAUAAAAAAAAAAGUGUCAUGAUUAAAUUCGUGUACAACUCAUGUUAUGUUUGUGACUA